AUGACGGCCAUGGAAGCUGGCGAUGGUGUUUCUGGAUACGCCGAAAGCCUGAUUAUCUCCUACGGGAAUGUUCGACUGACUACCAAGUUCUCCCAAAUCCGAGAACAGGCCUCCUCGUUAGCCUUGCUGCUGUUGAUUGGACAUGAAAUCUUCUCAUCGUCUGUAGCAUCCUCACCUUGCUUACAGUUCUUUACUUCAACGGAGUCCAUGAAACGUGAGGCUCGGCCACUGUCUUGGCGGUGCCCUCUUUAUCUCAACGAGUUGAAGCUGGCCCGGCACCCCGUCGUACCCAUGCAUCGAUUCAAGACACCCCCGUCUGCCGCUGCAUACUCCGCCUGCUUCCUCAACGCCUUCUCCCUUAUGGGCGUGACUUACUAUCUGCCACUGUACCCUCAGGCUGUGCUUCUGGCUGUGCUUCUGGCUACCCCCGUGAUGCGUAUACAUGCUCCCCUUUGUCGUAUCAUCGUCUCCGUCUGCAACUAUGAUGGGCACUCACAUCCAGUGGUCGAGGAGGUAGCAAGCAGUCAGUACUGUGGCCUACGUGUAAUAACACUGGGCAUCGGGCCUCACAUCGACAUUGGCCUCGACGUCCACUGGGCCAAAUUGGCCGUAUUCGGUGGUGCCAGAUCUAGCAUGAAAUCCGAGCCACCCCUGCUGGAUAUUCAGACAGCCGCGCCGGUACGUGAUGCUUUUACGGCCACCGCUGCCACGGGGUUCGUUUGA